AUGUACUAUAUCUGCCUUUGGCAUGGCUUUUACGCUCGGCAGGGCUAUGGCACCAUCACCUUCUGGGAAGCCACCACCGGAGCCAAGUUCCAUUUGGCACAACGCUGGUUUGGAAAGACUGACGAAAGAUCCAUUCCGGAGGUGGACCAAAGAUACAAAGACCGUAAGGCCACUGCCGACUGGAAGAGUGAAGCGAAGUUGGCGGAACGCGCAGACUUCAGCAGGCAACAGCAUUUGGCCUCCAUGGACCAACUCUACAGGUUGCCCAUCGCACCAUGGACGGAUCUCUCCUCCGCAGACAUGAUCACAGCAGUGCCGUAUGCCAGUAUUGAGGUGGUGUUCAAUGGCUUCAAUGUCUAUGGCAACAAAUUGAAUCAUCAUCCUGGCUGCAUCUUCUAUGACAUGGAGAUCGAUAAAAACUCCUGGGAACCCCUGGCCAGCGCAGAGUUGUCCGCCCUGAAGGGUGAGAUGUACUUGGGCAAGGAUGUGGCGAUUCCUGUGGGUCCUAAGGUCUCCAGUCACACAGCAGAGGCCCUGGAGAGGAACAUUGAGAAUGAAUUAAAAGAAAACAUUCGGAUGAUUCGCAUGCGCAUUGGAUUCGAAAGUGCCUACGAAGACAGUGAAGUCCGCGAUGAAGCCCUCCGCGCCUAUUUGCUUCACCUUGAGAAGGAAUGUGUCUUGGACUCCGACUGGGCCUAUGAUGACCAGGAUCAGGGCUUGAAGCCCUGGGGUGCACCUUCCCCUUUCAACGCCUCCGAGUAUAAGACGCCCUGGUGA